ACACACGUGACACCUGCAGUGUUUCAUAACACAGAGAGGGAGAGCUUGUACUUAAUUUUUGUAACUUGUUACACAAAACAGCAAUGUCUCUUUAUCGAAACACUAUCUGGUUUUUUAAAGGAAUUCGGGAAUACACGAGGGGAGGCUAUGAAGCUGCAGCUAGGCUGUUCGUGGAGAAUGACGUCGAUGUCACAGUUUCAGAGAGGUCCUAUAUGAUUACAGGAGCCAACAGUGGGCUUGGAAAAGCAGCUGCCCUGGAGAUAGCCAAGAGAGGGGGAGCUGUCCAUCUGGUUUGCAGAAACAAGGAUCGUGCAGAGGAAGCUAGAGCAGAAAUUGCCAGAGAGAGUGGAAACAAUGAUAUUUUUGUUCACAUUCUCGACAUGUCAGAAGCAAAGAAGGUCUGGGAGUUCGCUGAAGGAUUCAAAAAAGAUCAUAAAUCACUGAACGUUUUGAUCAAUAAUGCAGGAUGCAUGAUUAAUCAACGGGAACUUAACGCUGAAGGAAUGGAAAUGAACUUCGCAACAAACACUCUUGGCACUUUUAUUCUCACCAAAAGUCUGAUCCCAUUACUGGAAAAAAGUGACAGUCCCAGGGUGAUCACAGUGUCCUCGGGAGGAAUGCUCAUCCAAAAGCUGGAUACGGAGGACCUCCAGGCAGAGAAGUGCCACUUUGAUGGGACCCUCGUGUAUGCACAGAAUAAGCGUCAGCAGGUAGUGAUGACGGAACAGUGGGCGAAAAUGCACAGCAGCAUUCACUUCUCAGCAAUGCAUCCUGGCUGGGCAGAUACCCCAGCAUUGAGAUCAGCAAUGCCAGACUUCCACCGAUCAAUGAAGAACAAGCUGCGCACUCCAGAGCAGGGGGCGGACACCAUCGUCUGGCUCGCCGUGUCGGAAGCAGCAAGGACACAGCCGAGCGGCCUCUUCUUUCAAGAUCGGAAAGCGGUUUCUACUCACCUGCCCCUGGCAUGGACAAGAACCCCCCCUGAAGAGGGGCAGAAGUUUAUGAAGAUCAUGGAUGAUUUAGCAAAUUCCUUUCAACCACAAUAAAAAAAUUAAUUAAAAAAAAAAAAAAAAAAAACUUUACUACACUAAAGCUGAUUUAUACAUUAUUAAUAUAAGUUAAUAUUAAUAAAUUAAUAUUUUGACAUGUUACAACGGCAUAACAGAACAAGUUGUUUCUAAGUGGCAGGACUUGCUUGUAUGCUGUAAUUGAUGCAGCGGGGUUGGCUGUCUGUGUUACUGUGGUUUAAAAAAAGAUCAUGAGAAUGGAAAUAUGUAAUGGUUGGAAGUGUCCCAUGUGAACACGAAUGAUGAAGUAAUUUUUAACCAGGUUGCAAGAAGAUUUUAUUUUUAAACCAGAAGUAUUGUAGCCACUAGGAGCCUGGUUUUAUAAUAGUGGAACAUGUCAGAUUGGUUUGUGAUUCUGUUUAGUUAACAUAGUUGAUUAAUAUCAAAACGCAGCUAGGAUAAUGCAAGUGGAAAAUGUGCAAGCCAAAAACCAAGACAAGUGUCUCUCUGCUCAUGGAAAUGACACAUUGUUGCCAUGGACACUUAAGAACAGCAUUUGUUGGGUUUACUAACAGUGUUGCAUACAUAUUUGUACAUGCUGUUUAUCUAUGUCAAUAAUAUAACAGUAUUUAAUACAUAUUAAUACUGCCAUUUUCUAAAAUAAUUGUACAUGUCAUGCACUAAUGUUUAUACUAGAACUUUAAAUUUUCCAGUCUUUUGGAAGUAAUUGUUCAGUGUAAAAACGCAAUGUAUCAACAGGUAAGCUGUAUUUUUAUAAUAUGUAAAGAAAUAAAUAAAAUGCUAUGAAUGUAAA